GAAUUGUCUUCUUGACGUAGACGACGACAAGACCCAGAAGAAGGAAAGUUGAGGACUAAUGUUUUCGAAGUCAACGACAAUUUCCAAGCUAUUUCCUUUCCUCAAAACAACUAAUCCAAAAUGGGUAUGGCAGAAAGAUAUAAACCACACCAAGUCAAUCAAGCCAAAAAAGCAAAUCUUUGGGGAUGGCAAUUAGCAAUGAAAUCAUGUUUAAUUGCUUUGUUCUGCUUUUGCUUGUGGCGUUUUCAAACGCCCAAUCCGACGUAAUGGCACAAGGCCAAGAAAUAACACCUGGGUCUACGCUAAUUUCAACCAUGGCCAAUUUUUCGCUCGGCUUUUACAGUCCUAGCUUAUUGAACAACAGUUAUAUAGCGAUUUGGUACCACAGUGAUUCACAGAACCCAGUGUGGAUUGCCAAUCGUAAUUUUGCAUUUCCAAGAGACUUUGGGACACCUUGUCUCACAAUUGACAGCAAUGGGAGCUUGAAGAUUGUCCCUAAAGAAGGAAAAGGAAGAAAUGGAUAUAAUUUCUAUCUCUUUGAAGUUGAAGAACCCACCAACAGCAGUGCUAUUCUUCUAGACAAUGGCAACUUUGUAUUGUGUGUGUUGAAUCUAGAUGGAUCGAUUAAGCGACAACUAUGGCAGAGUUUUGAUCAUCCAACAGACACUCUCCUUCCUGGGAUGAAACUUGGGAUCAACCACAAAACUGGAUCCAUUUGGUCUAUAACAUCCCGAAGAGGUGACUAUUCCGUUCUAUCGGGUUCCUUCACCCUCACAGUGAAUCCCAACAAUACAAACCAGUUGCUGAUAUUACAUAGAGGAAGCGUUUUCUGGACCAGUGGAAACUGGAAGGACGGGCGAUUCGAGUUCUCUGAAGAACUUUCCAACAUCAACAAUCAAGAAUUCGUGUUCAGUCGAUUUUCAAAUGAGAACGAGACUUUUUUCAAUUACUCCAUCUCCAAUCUCUUUCAAUUGCCUAACCAUAACAAGGGAUUGAUAGAAGUUCAAACCUUCUUGAGAUUGGGCAACGACGGGAAAUUGGUGGGGCGUAAUUGGGACUCAAAAGUUGAAUGUCCCUAUUUUGAAAACGAGUUGUUUGAGCCUAAGCAUGUUUCUGAAGUUGGGUGUGUGGGGAAAAUGCAGCACAAAGUACCCGAGUGCCGAAAUCCACCAAAACAGUAUUCCACUUCACAGAGAUUUGGAAACAUGGAGAGAAAUGGUUUGAGGUUCAGAGAAAGUGAGAACCUGACCAUUUACGAUUGUGAAAAGAAUUGCAUUUCAAGCUGUGAUUGCAUUGCCUUUAGUUCUACAAACGAAGAAGGCACUGGCUGUGAGAUGUGGAAUGUGGGAGCAACGUUUAUUCCAGUGGAGGGAGGCAAACGGAUAAUUUGGUCUCUUGAGAUAGUCGAAGGAAAAGUUCUUACAGGAGAAAAAAGGGUGUGGUUGCAAGUUACUAUAGGUCUAAUAGUACCUGUAACUUCUCUCCUAUUGUGUUUUCUUGUCUAUCUCAAAUGGAAAACACAAAUACUCAAAGCUAUUAGAAAAAUAAGGAGGGAUUCUGAACAUCAAAACUUUCUGCAAGAAUUGGGAGCCAAAACUAAGAGUUUUGACAUUCCAACUAUUAUGAACAAGCAAAGAAGAGACGUAAGGAACUCUGAAUUGCAGUUUUUCAGUUUUAGAAGUGUAGUUUCUACAACAAACAAUUUUGCUGACAAUUGUAAGCUUGGAGAGGGUGGGUUUGGACCAGUUUAUAAGGGAACUUUGGCCGAUGGCCAAGAAGUUGCCAUUAAAAGGCUGUCAAAUAAAUCUGGACAAGGGAUUGAAGAGUUCAAGAAUGAAGUCAUCCUGAUUGCCAAACUGCAACACACUAAUCUGGUUAGGCUUAUCGGUUGUUGCAUUCAUAAAGAAGAGAGGUUAUUGGUGUAUGAGUGCAUGCCCAACAAAAGCCUUGACUCCUUCCUCUUUGGUUAUUUUGAAUUUAUAGAUCCAGUUAGAAAGCUAACUCUCACUUGGGACAAACGGCAACACAUAAUCCAAGGGAUAAUUCAAGGACUACUUUACCUUCACAACUACUCAAGACUAAGAAUAGUUCAUCGAGAUCUAAAAAUUAGCAACAUCUUGCUCGAUGCUCAGAUGAAUGCAAAAAUAUCAGAUUUUGGCAUGGCCAGAAUCUUUGAUCUCACAAAGGAAGAAGCAAAUACUAAUCACAUUGUUGGUACAUAUGGAUAUAUAUCACCUGAAAGUGUGAUGGGAGGUGUUUUCUCACUAAAAUCAGAUGUUUACAGCUUUGGGGUGUUGUUAUUAGAGAUCAUAACCGCUCGAAAAAACUACGACAGUUAUGAUGCGGAACGACCAAUGAAUCUCACUGGAUAUGCAUGGGAAUUGUGGGUGAACGGCAGAGGAGAAGAAUUGAUUGAUUCAACUUUGUGUAACUCUGAUCAGAAACCAAAGGCUCUAAGAUGCAUCCAUGUUAGCCUUCUAUGCGUACAACAAAUGGCAGAAUAUAGACCUACCAUGCUUGAUGUUUAUUCCAUGAUUCAGAAUGAUUCUACUCAACUUCCAUUGCCAAAACAACCUCCGUUUUUCAUCACCCAUAACUCCAAACUGGAAGUGGUGACAGAUAAAUCGGAAUCAGCAACACAAAUAUAUUCUUCCAAUGAUAUGUCAGUCUCUAUGAUGGUUACGAGAUGACUUUUGUUCAUAUACUGGACAGUCAAAUUUACUAUUUAAAUAUGUAUUGUUCAUUGAAGCUUUGUUUGGUAGA